AUGCACGGCCACCAGGCUGUGGGAGCGCCAUGUGGGGUGUGCAUCGUUCCAUGCUUGUUUAAAUGUAUGGUCAAUCCCCCUCUUGCCACCUUCUCCCUCACCACCUUCCUCUCCCGCACCACCUCAUCCCGCACCCCACGCGUCGCCCCUGUGCAGAUAACGUUCAGUGAGCCCAUGGCGUCGCAUGCGGACGCCACUCUCCACGUCGCCCCCAACACGCCCCCGCCCGGCCGACAGGUGGGCGACCCGCUGCAGGUCUACCUGGACAUGGGGCGGGCGGCGGGGGCGGCGGGGGGCGGCAGGGUGGAGGAGGGGGACGUGGCGGUGUGGUGGGGGAGGGGGGCGGACGUGCAGCUCUCCUUCGCGCGCUUCUCCGAUGCCAUGCCCACCGGCAGGCAGCACGGGCUGCAGCCCCUCAAGUUCCAGGACACGUUGGUGUACUGGCACGAGGACGACUGCCAGGACCCCACCCUGCUCGCUCCCGGCACUCAGGUGGCAGUGCACAUACCGACGCACAGCUUUGGGCAGUGCGGCAACAACUUCAACAACUCCAACGAGGACGUGCUCUUCAAUGACACCUGCCCCUCCACGUCAGUGCACUGCCCUUCCGCGUCAGUGCACUGCCCUUCCACGUCAGUGCACUGCCCCUCCACGUCAGUGCACUGCCCUUCCACGUCAGUGCACUGCCCCUCCACGUCAGUGCACUGCCCUUCCACGUCAUCGCACUGCCCCUCCACGUCAGUGCACUGCCCCUCCACGUCAGUGCACUGCCCCUCCACGUCAGUGCACUGCCCCUCCACGUCAGUGCACUGCCCCUCCACGUCAGAGCACUGCCCCUCCACGUCAGUGCACUGCCCCUCCACGUCAGAUCACUGCCCCUCCACGUCAGUGCACUGCCCCUCCACGUCAGUGCACUGCCCCUCCACGUCAGUGCUCUGCCCAUCCACGUCAGUGCACUGCCCCUCCACGUCAGUGCACUGCCCCUCCACGUCAGUGCUCUGCCCAUCCACGUCAGUGCACUGCCCCUCCACGUCAGAGCACUGCCCCUCCACGUCAGUGCACUGCCCCUCCACGUCAGAGCACUGCCCCUCCACGUCAGUGCACUGCCCCUCCACGUCAGAGCACUGCCCCUCCACGUCAGUGCACUGCCCCUCCACGUCAGAGCACUGCCCCUCCACGUCAGUGCACUGCCCCUCCACGUCAGAGCACUGCCCCUCCACGUCAGUGCACUGCCCCUCCACGUCAGUGCACUGCCCCUCCACGUCAGUGCACUGCCCCUCCACGUCAGUGCUCUGCCCAUCCACGUCAGUGCACUGCCCCUCCACGUCAGUGCACUGCCCCUCCACGUCAGUGCUCUGCCCAUCCACGUCAGUGCACUGCCCCUCCACGUCAGAGCACUGCCCCUCCACGUCAGUGCACUGCCCCUCCACGUCAGAGCACUGCCCCUCCACGUCAGUGCACUGCCCCUCCACGUCAGUGCACUGCCCCUCCACGUCAGUGCACUGCCCCUCCACGUCAGUGCACUGCCCCUCCACGUCAGUCACUGCCCCUCCACGUCAGUCACUGCGCUCUUCUCACAUGGGAGUUGGUGCUCCCCUGCCCGCCUGGGAUCUUCACGCACAGAAGGCGCACUGCCUCUCCUCCAACUACAAGUUCGAACUCGUUGUCGAUGACCCCCGCCUCAUGGGCUUCGUUUCCUGGAAGCUUCUCCGCACGCUUGAAGCAGGCACGGUGCCAAUCUACUAUGGUGCACCAGAUGUGGACAACUUCAUGCCGCCCGGCUCGUACAUCGACGGGAGGAAGCUUCCCACCCCCGCCGAGCUGCUUGCCGCCCUGCAGGAGCUGCAUCUCGACCCCUUGAAGUACAUGGAUCUGUUCGCGUGGCGCACAUGCGGUGUGUGGGGGCACUACGCCCACGUGGACGCGCUGGGCUUCCGCUCGCUGCCGUGCCGCCUCUGUGAGGCCGUCAGCGCCCGCCACGGCCGCCUCUUCCACCGCCACUAG